CUGUUCUCCAUCAACCCUGAAGAAGACGACUGGAAGAAGUAAUUAUGGAAAUCUAGGGGAGUUUCGAGGGAAAUAAAGCGAAAGUAAACAAAAUGAGUGGUCAGCUGAGCAUAAAAGUGAGACCAGAGCCACGUCUCGAUACAAAGUGGUUGAAAACCGAUUUGCAGAGAUUUCUGUGUCGAGAUGGUUUGGCCGAGUUGUGGAAUGGAAUGGUGAGAGAUGGAGAAAUCGUUGGAAGCUUCAGCGAUGGACUCAUCAAUGCUGCAGGAGUUGUUUCGAGGAAAGGUGACAGUGGGCAUUACUAUUGCAGCUUGCGAGUGCUCUCGUGCCUGUGCUGUGAUGGGAUAUGCGGUCCCCAGAGUGGCUGCAACUGUGGCCCGUGCCAGAAGCUGGACGAGGAGGAAGCGACGCUCGACGAGGAGAUAUCCUCAAACGUCAAAGACCCAGACAAGUCCCCCCCAUUGGCCCAGAGUACGAUGGACUCGUGGUUGUGGAGCACAAAGCCCUCGAAAACGGAUUGGGAGAUAAGUACAGAUACCCUGAUAAGAGAUCAAACCUUGCUCUGCAAUGAGGUGGCAAACAGUACAUUAUCAUCAACGAGAUUGCGUCAGAGGCUGGUGAUAGCUCGACGCUAUUUCACAGCUCUCUCCAGGCACAAACCCCAGGAGGAGAAGAAAUCCCUGCCAAUAGUGGAGACAGCCACAUCCCCAAAGCCUCCGAUUAAGCUGCCAAAAAUCACAGUGAAGCCCAGUGAACGAGCCGCUAUGGGUCUAGCUAGGGUGGGCACCAGAGCAGCCUUGAAUUUCUCUUUUGCGUACCUCCGGAGAGCCUGGCGCUCAGGAGAGGACGUUGAAUUUUGCAGCGAGAUCCUCUCCGAGUCCCUGGAGACCCUCCAGUCGCUUCCAGAGGCCACCCUAUUCGAGGAGAACAAUGUGUCUCAAGUUUGGCUGGAAGUUGUGGAGAAAUCCGCGAAAUUUUUACGUCAAGUCGUCACUGGUGACGUCGCCCAGCUGGUGACACCUACGACGACGUCCACCUGGUGCCCAGUGCCAGUAUCCGACCAGCACACUGCCCUCUGUCUACUCCUGGAGCUCGUCGCCCAACGGGCAACUCUCUCUAGCCUCCUGGACUCUGUCAUUCUUCUUCUUCACCUCAGUGAGAAAACCAUCAACCAAGACAACCGUGUGAUUCCCCCUACCUCAGGCAGCUGCGCCCCUCUGGUCCCUCUCCUGAGGAGACUGAACUCUGUGCCUGUCACCAAGUCACGAGGACCUCCUGGCAACGAGAGCAAACUCAAUCCAGGACCCUGCGAGGUCCUCCUCAAAUAUCUUCUCCUCCCUGACGAUGACACUGUACCCGUCGACCUCAGAAAGGCAGCUGUUGUCAUCAUGUGUAAUUUAUCUCGCCUCGCGAUCCCUCACCUGCCCAUCACCUCCACCAAUCCCACCAAUGCAUUUUUCAAAAAUCAAACAACCCAGACAACAGUUCAAGAGGUGAUCGCCUGGGGUGGGGUAAAACUCGGUAAUGGAACAUCUCCCUUCUACUGCAAUGCCAUCGCAGAACUCGGAGUUAGGCAGCUCUGCUGCACAGAACGUGCUCUCAUGAUUCUCACACAAAGCGGCAAAGUCUACUCGAUGCAUUAUGGAUCUGAGACACAGUAUCCGCAGAAAGUCGAGUUUGGGGGGAUGAAGAAAAACCCUGUAAUAAGCUCCAUUGCAUCCCAUCCUGAUGGCAAGCAUUAUCUUGCUCUCACUGAAGAAGGACUCACUUACUCCUGGGGUAGUGGCGAUGGCGGUAGACUGGGACACGGCAAUACCAUAGACUAUGAAAAUCCCAAAGUGGUAGAGGCACUGGCAGACAAGUCUAUUACAUUUAUCGCCUGUGGGAGCAACUACUCAGCUGCUGUGACUGCCACGGGGGAACUGUACACCUGGGGCAGGGGGAAUUACGGAAGGCUGGGGAAUGGCAACUGUGAUGAUGUGAUGGUACCCACUCUGGUGACAGCCCUCAAUGGCCAUGUAGUGGUUUACGUGGCGUGUGGUAGUGGUGACUCGCAGACUCUCUGCGUCACAGCGUCGGGGAUCGUCUUCUCCUGGGGGGACGGUGAUUAUGGGAAGUUGGGGAGGGGUGGUUCCGAUGGGUCAAAGAUUCCAAAGAUCGUGGACAAACUGCUCGAUGUUAACGUCACUAAAGUCUACUGUGGAGGACAGUUCUCCGCAGCUUUAACUGCUCAGGGAGAAAUCUACACCUGGGGAAAAGGAAGUGCUUAUCGGCUGGGCCAUGGCAACGAGGACCACGUGCGAUACCCAAAAAUGAUUGAGUCUAGGAAACUUAAAGGAAAGAGAGUUAAGGAAUUGUCAGUGGGCAAUGUCCUAGUGCUGGCCCUGACCGAGGACCAAGAGGUCUAUGGCUGGGGGAGGAACGACUACGGACAGAUAGAUCCAGGUCUGGGUUUCACAGUGUCCGAGCCGUUCCUGUGCACAGCCCUCACCUCGAAAAAUGUUAUUGGAAUCGUGUGUGGCCUAACCCAGAGUUUUGCCUGGUCGCUCUCGACGUGUUCAGUAGCUAUCCGAGUACCCUUUGUCGUUGACAUCUGUGAGAAGACCUUCAAACUGCUGGACAUGCUACUGACCAAGUCCUGUGAGGGUUUACCUGGGACAAGGCCACCUACUCAGGAUAGGGAGUGCCUGGCAGUGUCCACCCUCAAUCUCCUACGACUCCAGUUGCACGCAAUGAUUUCCCACAGGAUUGAACCCAAGACUGUGGGGCUGGCAGGGGGCACCAGCCUUCUUAAUUCAUUAAAACACAGGUGUGUGACUCUCGCCAGUGAGGCAGGUAUCCUGGCAACGAUCCAGGACGCUGCCCAAGCCCUCCUCCAGACUGGCUGGAGCAUCCUCCUUCCUACAGCCAACGAACGCGCCAAAACCCUCUCCAGUUUCCUUCCAAAUUCCAAUCACAAUUUCAAACCCCUCAGUGCUAAUCACAUCAACAAUUCCAGUAACAAACAUCACCACAACAAUCAUAAUCACGCAAUCAGCAACAAUAAUACACCUGACAGUAACAAGGGACAGCAAUUCAUGGCAGAUCUACUGGUGUCGAGUCUGAUGGCUGAUGGCGGGCUUGAGUACGCCCUGAAGGCGGCCAUCAGAGCUGAGAUAAUCGAUAUAUCCGAUGAGAAAGAGUCCAUAGCAUCCUCCAAUUCCACGACUGAAUUUAAAAACGAAAUUAAACAGGCCAAGGAAUUCAACUCAGAGAAACAGCACAACAUGACAAUUUCCUUAGUGCAGCUGGUGAAGCAACUAAUUAAGAAUGGAACCUGCAUCACCCAGGCGAAAUUCGAGGCCCUGGAGUUGAGCAAGGGAGGUAGAAAGCUCGAGGAUAGCCAAAAACUUGACAAUUCCCCCAGCACGAACCUUCUCCUCCGUUGGCAGAGGCUCCUGAUAGCCCAGAUCUACCACUGCAUUAAAGCGAGUACCAACGAGGAUGCACAGGAGCCCGAGAUUAUCGGUUCUCAGUCCCUUCUCCAAAAAUACAUCCUCCAGAUAUGCAAUCACGUGAAUGAUGUUUUGCCCACAGCCUGUGAAAUCGCUGGGACGAGCAGCAAAAAUUUUGUUCUAGUCGCCAUGAUAUUGAAGAGUGAUAUCGUAGCUAUUUUACUCCCAGAGCUAGUGAUUUGUCUGAUUCUCCUGCAGGUGGACAAUCCUAUGUUACUUCAUGGAAUGAACUGGAUGGAGAUACUGGCUCCAGUGCUGGAUAUUCUUGAUCAAUUCAAUAGGCUUGCGCCAACAUCCGAGAAAGACGACGCAGAUGAUCUCUCCUGGCCUGGAAUCAUCGCUCCCCAACAGGGAAAUAACUCGAGGCAAGCUCUAUCCAUUCCGGAGGAACCCACCCUCAUCAGGUCAGCCGACCUGGAGAAUCACAAUCGAGACGGUGGCCUUUGGAUUGUCGUGAAUAAUAACGUCUACGACGUCCAGGACUUUUGUCAAGAGGGACGUGACAGCUCGUCCUCGUCCUCUCUCUCCUCGUCUCUGGUGCAGAACACAAGAGAGGAGACAACACGUUUCGAUGGCAGCAAGGACAUUUCCAACACGAAGAACGCCAUUUCCCAGUUAAAUUCUGGUGUGAUGGAGUCGUGCUUCGUGGGAUACUACUGUCAGUCAGAGCCUGAUAGCACACAGUUCACUAUUGAGAUCAUGGACGUGUGCUCGUCUUUUUUGGACGUCGAAAGGGCUUUAAGUUUUCUCCUGGGGCUUCAUGCUCACAGAAUGAGGCAGAGUCUUCCUCUGUUGCCUGCUGAGGAGGAGGCUGGUGUCUGGCUGUCGGCCAACUUUCUCAGGGGAGGCCUCCAGGUACUGCAGCCGACCAAUCCCUUCGAGGAGGAGAAAGACGAGGCCAAAAGUAAUCACUCCACGGCUGCCAAUUCACCCACUGAACCUGGGGCUCCAACUCCUGGAACCGCCGUUGGUAUUUCUACCAGUGUCUCCACUACCAUCACCACUAGCUCCGCUGGAAACACAACGGCAACACCUGGGAGGGAUAAAUUCCAGAAUAAAACAAAACAAAGUGAAUCCAGAGUUGUUUCCUUCGUGCAUGCCCUGGCUGAGGGCCACAAGACAGAUAAUUACGUUCAGACCUUUUUGAAGAUGGUGGAGAAGUACAGUAAGGCCAAUAAUUUAUUGUCUCAUGUGGAUUUUUACGGGGAUCACCCUGUGGAGGAGGUGGGGAGGCUCCUCAUGGCAGUUAUCAUCAAACAUCUGGCCUUGGGUCAUCAGACGAUUGCCCUCGUCGAUCAAGAAUUAACGGAGAGUGAUAAUGCGAAACUCUCGAAGCCCCUUAUCGAUAUGGUGAAACUUAUUCAUCAAACCAAGUGGAAUCUUAUCAGGACGAGACAGCAACAGAACAAAAGCUACAAAGAGGUAUGUGCUCCAGUCCAGGAGAAGUGCAGAUUUUUGCUUUAUGAAGUCAGACCCGCCACCAGCUACGAAGUGAUGGGGUAUCAGAGACUCAAACUACUCUAUACUGUUCCCAAGUUCAAAAGGGUUGUCCUCAGUGUUAUUGCGGAUAACAGGAAAAAAAGGACAAAUGCCCAUGAGAUGGUGAAGAAGAAAAAAAAGGAGAAUAAGGAGAGUGGGAAGCUCGAUGACAUUGUCAACACGUCUAUUCAGAUAUCGAGCCUCCCCGAGGAAAAAGAAAAAUUUUUUGGAGAUAAGCAGACUAUGAGAAACAUCGUGCUCCAACAACUGGACAAAUUGAACACUAGAUCAUUAAUUAUUGACUGCAAUGAAUUGAUGAACGAGGUGGUGGGAUUUGCUGUAUCUGAGGAUGGAGGAGGGAAUAUUGUAGAGACGUUGAGGAGAGCUAUGUACUGCCAAAUUCAAAGGGUGAAGAUGAGGGAGAAAGGGAUCAAGAUGAUUCUCGAAUUGUUGAAGAAGGACCACCUCGUCACAUCAGUCAGAUAUUCCCUAUUAAAUGGCUGGUUGGGCUUGAUCCCAGAGAGCAAACGUCCUAGUCAGACACGAGUGGUCACUCAUUGUCUCAGCAAUAUCCAGCUGGUGACUCCUUAUCAGAGGGCCAAGAUUAUAAUUUCUGAGGCUGAGAUAACGUGCUGGACAAUUGAGGCCCUCCGGGCUUACGUCAUCCAGGCAGAGCUUCCCAAUAAGGACAAGGUGAGUGGAAAGAGUAGCCUCAACCAGGGGACUUACACCUGGCUGAGAAAAUUGCCUCGUGCAAGAUUUCUUUUGACAAUCAUCGGGAUGCUGACGAGUCAUCACCACGCCAAUGAAAUCGGUCUCCUGGUGAACUCUGGCUUGAUUUCCAGUGUCUUAACUCUUCUUCGACAGAUCGGUCCGACCCCCAUGGGGAUGAUGACGGAGUCUGCGAGACUGAAGAAACAGCAAAAGAGUUCUUACGUUUCGGCAAUUUACGAGGAUGUUCUCCACAAGAAUAAACCACCUGCUGUUCAGCUGAGUGGUGCUGAGCUUGCUGCCCUCAUGAAAAUUGGAACGAGAGUGGUGAGGGGAGUCGAUUGGAAGUGGGGUGAGCAGGAUGGGACGCCUCCUGGGGAGGGAAAGGUGAUUGGAGAGCUGGGAGAUGAUGGAUGGAUCAGGGUCCAAUGGGACAAUGGCACUACCAACUCCUACAGGAUGGGAAAGGAGGGGAAAUACGAUUUGAAAUUGGCUGAGCCCCCAGCCCCUCCUGAGAGUGACUCUGACAGCGACUCUGGCUUACCACCAGCAGAUUCUAAAAAACCUGAGGAUCUCUCCCUCGGGAGCAGGGAAUUUCAUCCCACCACCUACCUCAAGAGUGCCUCCAAAAAUUUAUUGAGAAUUAUUCUCCUCUCCUGUGGAGUCAAUGCCAAUGGUGUCGACAAAUCUGCCAUUAAAAUUCUCGUUUCGAUUAUCAGAGGGAUAAUUUCAACUGCUAAUCGACCUGGUACUCACGGAAAUUCUACUGUAUCUGAUCUCGCCAGGGAGCAUCACGAGUCUUGGGCGACCCUGGGACUUCUCAAGACUAUUGCCAAUUCUCAGGUAUCUUUCUGUCGGGCCCUGAGCACUCCAGCCUGGAUUGAUUUUUUUCUCAGCAUCAUCUCCGAGGAAUCAGAGGCCAAUCUGGGGAAACAGAUUAUGGCAAUCAAGCUCCUCUUCGCUGUUCUCAAAUCCUGGCCUGAGAACGAUGGAGAGAUGACACACCUGUUGGAGAAGUUGUUUAAAAUUCUCGGGCAAAUUGGCUUGCACUGCACUGCCAACUGCACCGUCACCACUGGAGACCAGAUGGAAUUCCAUAACACCAAGUGCCGUGUCUCUAUUACAGCCUCUCACAGCUCCACGCUCGCUGAGGAGUUAAUUCUCCUUAUUCGAGGGCUCCACCUACUGCCAGGAUGGCAACUCCCCCUCAACUGCUAUCUCGCCUCCAAAUUAUCACUGGCAUCAGAUUUAUUGAGUGAUGGACCACUCUUUCACAUCAGAAUGAAUGAGAACGGUGGAGAGCAUAGUAUGACCAUUCAACAGACUGUGAUGGCAGCUCUGAUUGUCGUCGGAGGCUUGGACAAUCGUCCCAGGAUGGGAGGAACCGUCGAGGUAGACAACGACGUCGGGAUAGUCUACAGAUUCACACCUCACUCGAAGCUAGUUCUCCAGAUGCAUGACGAGAAUGGAAAAACAGGAAUUCUGAGGAAAGUUCCUUUUUCUGGGGUUAAAAAUGUCUCCGAGAAGUUUCACCUAGACAGAAUGCCGAUGACAGAGUCUCUACUAUCGAUUUGGGCGAAUAUUCUUCUUCUGGGGAACACCAAUAAUAAUUUAAAUGGUAGAAGACCAGGCUCGGGAAUGCCUGUGAUUGCAGGUGUCGUCAAUGCAUCGAUUCUUCGCACCCAGCAGCAGCAACUAGCAGCUCUAAACGCAGGGAGGAGCCUCCUGGAGCACCAGGGUAAGCUACGACAAGUUCUCAAAUUUUCUCUCUCUGUAAUGACAGCCGAUAAACUCGAUGAUGAUGACGAGGAUGGCAGGGGGGAUGGCGAGAUGAGGGUUCUCUUCCAGGAGUUGUUGGUCAGAGCCAUCAAACCUCAGCCGCUCAAGCCUAUUUUUAAGAGAGAGGAACUCGACGCUGCGGCUCUAGCGGUCUCUCAGUACUUGGCUGUCGAGCUGAGGUAUCGAGCUGGGGUACACAAUCCUGGGGCUCUCUCCGAACCCACUACACCAACUUCUGACUGCUCUCUAGCUUCUCUGUCGUCCAGUCAGAAGAGACACUGCAGAAGUGGCAAAAAAAUAAUCACCAGUCGACAGGCUGCCAAUCCUCUCGUCACACAACUGACGGAGAUGGGCUUUCCCAAGAAAAGCGUCGAGUCCGCCAUUAGAAAUAUCAGUCUCAUAGAGGGAAUCAACAUUACUCCUGAGAACGUUGUCGUCUGGCUAGUGGAGAGGGCAGAAAUAAGAGCUUUUACAGAUUCUGAACAUUUACCAGAGUCGAGCUCUGAUGCAGGAUCAGAUGACUCCGAGGAGUCCUCUAGUGAGGAUUGCAAUGAGCACUCAUCACUCUCCAUCCCAGGAGUCACUACCCCUGUGGUAAUUCCCACCUCUACUUACGAUGACGUUCUCAAAGCUGCUGCUAAUGCACCUCAGAGCUUCAUGAAACGCUCUGAUUUCCUCUCAUUUGACGAGUAUGCAAUGUACGUCCGGGAUAAUGUGACUGUGGGGAUGCUGGUGAGGUGCUGCAAGAGUUACGAGGAGGUGGAGUACGGGGAUAUUGGCCAGGUCGCCAAGAUUGAUCCUGAGGGGCUACACGAUCUUAAUGUCCAGGUCGCCUGGCAGCAUACGGACGGCACUUACUGGGUCAGGUUCAUUCACAUUGAACUCUUGGGUCAUCCUCCCACCCUGCCAACUCCACCCGCUGCCCUCAAGGUUGGCGACAAGGUCAGAGUGAAGACCUCGGUAACGGUUCCCAAGUACAAGUGGGGCUCUGUGAAUCAUUCGAGUGUUGGAGUCCUCACUGCCAUUAUUAAUAAUGGAAAGGAUGUGUCUGUGGAUUUUCCCCAGCAGAGUAACUGGACUGGGUGUAUGAUGGAGAUGGAGAGGGUGCCAUCGUGUCACCAUGCAGUCACUUGCAACUCCUGCCACUUGUCACCGAUCUCUGGUGCUCGUCUCAAGUGCAAAGCCUGCGAGAAUUACAAUCUCUGUGAGAAUUGUUUCUACACGAAGAGAUGUCAUCGUCAUGGUUUUAAUAGAAUUGCAGAACCAGGAUCCGCUGCUGUAUACGCAGGAAAACCUGGCAGAUACCACUACCGCCGAGACAUCACCGAGUCCUCCCUGAUAGAGGAUUGGUCAAAGUGCAUCAGGACCCUAAUUGUCUCCUCUCGUGAUAACUGGGCGACGAGACUCGUUGAUGGAUCUGGAAAAUUCUGGCAAAGUUGUGGACAAAGAGGAAAGCACUGGAUUCGUCUAGACAUGAUGCCCAAUAUUCUCAUUGAGUCCCUGAAGAUCACUGUCACACCUGAGGAUGGUAGUUACAUGCCAUCGGUGAUCGCAGUGAACGCAGGGGACUCUUUCAACUCCCUUCUGGAACUCGCCACAAUCACUGUGAGAAAUACAGACGAAUGCGUCACACUUCUUCAAAAUAUGAGGGAAUACUACAGCUGCAUCGAGAUUGCAAUAAAGCAGUGCAGAAAUGGUGGUAUAGACUGUAAAGUUCACAGCCUCCAGAUUGUCGGUAAGAAGAAGCUCUUUGAGAAUCAACUGGCAACAUCUGUGUCCUUUUUGGCGUCUGACUGGGAAGCGGUCCAGGAGCAAAUCUCAGGAGCUCCUCACAGGGGUAGAAUCGUGGUGGAUGGCUAUUCCCCUCGACUACAUGAGCAACUGCAGCAGCACUCUGCUGUCUACGUGUGGGGCCUCAACGACAAGGACCAGUUGGGUGGCCUCAAGGGAUCGAAAAUCAAGCUGCCAGAAUACAGUGAUGUUCUCUCCAAGCUAAAACCCGUCCAGAUUGCUGGGGGUAGCAAGACCCUUUUUAUCGUCACUCAGGAGGGAAAACUCUACGCAUGUGGAGAGGGAACCAAUGGACGACUGGGACUGGGGGACAACAAUAACGUUUACGAACCCAAAUUAAUUCCUUUUCUCAGUCAGUACAUUAUCAAGAAGGUCGCUGUGCACUCGGGGGGUACCCACGCAAUUGCCCUCACUCAGGAUAGCAAGGUCUUCUCCUGGGGGGAGGGAGAGGAUGGAAAACUGGGGCAUGGCAACAGGUUGUCCCUGGAUAAGCCAAGAUUGAUAGAGGCAUUUAAAUCGAAGAGAAUCAGGGACAUUGCCUGUGGCUCUGGCCACUCUGCGGCUAUCUCCAGCAAUGGGGAGCUCUACACCUGGGGACUGGGGGAGUACGGGCGAUUGGGACAUGGGGACACUGCCACACAACUCAAACCCAAACUGGUUGAAGCACUUGUCGGACAGAGGGUCAUUCAGAUAGCAUGUGGAAGCAAGGAUGCCCAAACUCUAGCACUCACGGAGGACGGGUCUGUCUAUUCCUGGGGGGAUGGUGACUUUGGUAAACUUGGAAGGGGCGGCAGUGGUGGCUGUUACACUCCCCUUCUUGUUGAUCGUCUGAAUAACCUCGGGGUCGUGCAAAUCGAGUGCGGAGCCCAGUUUUCUCUAGCCCUCACCAAAUACGGCGAAGUCUGGACCUGGGGUAAGGGUGAUUACUAUCGCCUGGGACACGGUAAUGAUCAGCACAUCAGAAGGCCAACAGUUAUAGAGGGCUUGAGAGGGAAGAAGGUGACUCAUGUGGCUGUAGGGGCUCUUCACUGUCUCGCUGUCACUGACACAGGCCAAGUGUACGCCUGGGGGGACAACGAUCAUGGCCAGCAGGGCAAUGGCACAACCAUUGUAAACAGGAAGCCCUCACUGGUCCAUGGCCUGGAGGAUACGAAAAUCAACAGGGUGGCUUGUGGCUCCAGUCACAGUGUCGCCUGGAUCCUUCCUGAUCAGCCGGCAACGAAUAAUCAGGAGCCUGUGAAGUUCUCCACUGGAAAAGAUCCAUUGGGACAGGUGUCCUUGGGCUUCGGAGACAGCCACGGCGAUUCCAUCUCCUCGGGGACCAUCAUCUCCACAAAAAAUGUGAGACCAUCUCUCUCUAAUAUUAUUCUCUCUCUUGAGAGCAAUGUGGCCAAACAGCAGGCCCUGCAACACGUCAUAAACGCCCUCGAUAUCAUCCAGGCGAGGACUGCUAUUGUUAUCGCACUCAAAAGCCACAACGCCCUCACCACCAAUGACUCUACAGCCGCAACCCUCUUGAGGGGUGUUAAUACAAUUUCUCAGCCUGAUACUCCCACUGGCGAUCUAUCAAUUGCAGGAACACCCAUGGUAAUGAGUGGAAAUCUCACUGGAGUUUAUCAGAAUGUCGGUGAGAUUGCCCAGGGUGGAGGCGAGGCACCUGCAGAAGUGGGGAGCCUCCACCAUCAUCAUAAUCACAACCCAACCUCUGGGAAGAACAGCCCCAGGACUGUUUCCUCGAUAACGGCAUUGGAGGAACAAAUUCCCUCGGCAAUCAGUACAAUUAGCAAUUAUUUCCCCUCGAUGUCCAGCUCAGCCAGUCUCUCCUCGAGGGCUUCCAGGAUGUCGACCAGUGCAGCAGCGAUGAGUGUGAUCGCAGCGACUUUAACUUCACAUGCUCAGGUCGUCGGGGAUGAUCACGAUAAUGGGGAGAGUGGCUUGGAUGAAUUCACGUCGACACUGACGGAGGACGAUGCCAGGAUGCUCGUGGAUUUACUCAAGCUCGCUGUCGCCAAUAGAGUCUGUGAGGGCGCCAGGGAGACCAUCUCCUCAAUUCUCAUCGCCCUGGCAAAAUCCUCCUCGAGGCAUUCCCACAGCAUUAAGAAUAUGUUACUUGAGUUGUGUGUUACCGAGUUGGAGGAUACUGCAGCCAACUCAAACUGCAUGAAUAAUGCACCAAAGCCAGUGGUCCAGGAGACACCACACCCCUACAUCGACGAUACGACCCUCACUGGACAUGUCAAGAUCCCCGGGGCUGAGGCACUCCGAGUGGAGUUCGAUCGUCAGUGCUCGACAGAACGUCGACACGAUCCUCUCACAAUAAUGGAUGGGGCUGGGAGAGUGGUGGCAAUAAAAUCCGGGCGUGAGCCGAGCGAGUGGUCUGCGGAGAUCAGGAUACAGGGUGACGAGCUCUUCUGGAGGUUCACGUCUGAUGGCUCGGUGAAUGGCUGGGGCUGGAGGUUUACGGUUCAUCCUAUCCUGGCUGUUCUCUCCCCUCACGAAUUGGGAUCUGAUCGAGCUGUGCUGGCGCAGCCCUCAAUCGCCCUGGUGGAGUGCCUCCUGGACAAUUCUCUGAUUAUUGCCACAGCGAAUAACUCCUCGGAAAAGAGUAUCGUGUCGAGGCUGGCGGCAUGCCUUGCGCAGUGCAGUCAGUUGAGUAUUUUAACUGCUCAACAGAGAAUGUGGGGCCUGAAGAAAUUGCAGGUGGUUUAUAUGAGCUGUGGGCCAGGAAUCAGGGGGGACACUGCCCUUUCGACGCUCCUGGGGUCUCUGCCCCAGGCCCUCCUUAAACAGUACGAGUACGAGGACCCUGCGGUCAGGGGUGGCAAACAGCUGAUGCACAGUGACUUCUUCAAGGUCUUAGUGGGACUUGCGUGCGAACUGGAGCUCGAUACCAUGCCCUGCUGUUCGGAAAUUCACAAGUGGUCGUGGUUCAAGAGAUAUUGCCUCGCUGCGAGGGUCGCCAAGUCCCUUAUCAAUAGGACAGCCCUUCCCAAGAGCUUCUGCGUGGAUGUCACCAAGAGGAUCAACGAGAUGAUGAAUGCAGAGGGAGAGCCCCAUCUCAGCCACCGAGAGAUACCUCCCCACGAGAGCCACGAGUUAUUCAGGCGGGAGCACGACGAACAGCUGCUUUUAUGGCUAAAUCGAAGACCCGAGGACUGGACCCUCUCUUGGGAUGGCUCUGGUGCCAUUUAUGGGUGGGGACACAAUCACAGGGGCCAGCUUGGUGGACUUGAGGGGGCUAAGGUGAAGCUUCCAUCCCCCUGCGAGAGCCUCUCAGCCCUGAGACCUGUCCAGCUCGCUGGAGGAGAGCAAACCCUCUUCGCAGUGACUGCAGAUGGCAAGAUCUACGCUACUGGUUAUGGGGCAGUGGGGAGACUGGGCAUCGGUGGGACUGACUCUGUAAUGGUGCCAACCCUCCUCGAGUCCAUUCAGCACGUGUUCAUAAAAAAACUAGCUGUCAACUCAGGGGGAAAACACUGUUUGGCUCUUUCGUCAGAGGGACACGUGUACUCCUGGGGUGAGGGGGAUGAUGGGAAGCUGGGUCAUGGCAAUCGAAUGUCAUACGAUCGACCGAAGUUGAUUGAGGCCCUUCUCGGGACUGAGGUUGUGGAUAUCGCGUGUGGGGGUCACCACAGCGCUGCCAUCAGCUCCGCUGGAUUGCUCUACACCUGGGGAAAGGGGAGGUACGGUCGUCUCGGCCACGGUGACAGCGAUGACCAGACCAAACCCAAAGUUGUGGCUGCACUUCAGGAAUACAAGGCUGUGGAUGUGGCAUGUGGUAGUGGAGACGCCCAGACUCUCUGUGUCACGGAUGACGACAAUGUGUGGAGUUGGGGGGACGGGGACUACGGCAAACUGGGGCGUGGGGGAAGUGAUGGCUGUAAAACACCCAUGAAGAUCGAGUCGUUGGCUGGAUUGGGAGUAGUCAAGGUCGAAUGUGGCAGUCAGUUCUCGGUAGCUCUGACCAGAUCUGGAGCUGUGUACACCUGGGGUAAAGGAGACUACCACCGUCUGGGUCACGGUACGGAUGACCACGUGAGGAGACCCCGAAAGGUCGCCGCCCUCCAGGGCAAGAAGAUCAUCUCCAUUGCCACUGGCUCUCUCCACUGUGUUGCAUGCUCUGACAAGGGAGAAGUCUUCACCUGGGGCGAUAACGAUGAGGGACAGCUGGGGGACGGUACCACUAGUGCGCUACAGAGGCCCAGACUCGUUCAUGCACUCCAGGGCAAGAAAAUCACCAGAGUCGCCUGUGGCAGCGCUCACACACUCGCUUGGAGCACCACCAAAGCCACGCAGAGCAAAUUACCAGCCUCCACACCCAUGGAGUACGAUCUCGUCAAGGAUCUUCCCUUCUCUGCUCUUCAUAAUCGAUUGGUGUUGCUCCACCAUUUUGCCGAGUUACUCUGCCCCUCCCUCGUUAUGUUUCCCAUUGCUGGACACGUGGGGCUCAAUAAACUCGCACCAAUGCUGGUGUAUAGCAUCAAGGAGGCGACUUUCAGAAAAGUCGUUCAAGCCACCAUGGUGAGGGACAGACAGCAUGGCCCUGUCAUUGAACUCAAUAGAAUUCAGGUGAAGAGGGCGAGAAGCAGGGGAACUGGGCUCGCUGGUCCGGAUGGAAUAAAAUCGGUGUUUGGACAGAUGGUGGGAAAAAUGGGACUGUUGACACAGGAUGUUUUGUUUCUGCCCCACAGAGUGUGGAAAGUCAAGUUCGUUGGGGAGAGUGUUGAUGAUUGCGGGGGUGGCUACAGCGAGAGCAUCGCCGAGAUGUGUGAUGAGCUACAGAAUGGAUCUCUUCCACUGUUCAUUCCAACUCCAAAUGGACGUGACGACAGUGGAACUAAUAGAGACUGCUUUUUAUUCAAUCCUGCAGCCAAAUCGGCGCUCCACGUUAACAUGUUCCAGUUUUUGGGAAUAUUGAUGGGAAUUGCCAUCAGGACUGGGAGUCCCUUGAGCUUGAAUCUUGCGGAACCAGUGUGGAAGCAGCUCGCAGGAAUAUCGUUGGCUCCCGGGGAUCUUACGGAAAUCGACAGGGAUUAUGUGCCAGGACUGCUCUGCAUCAGGGACAUGGACCCUGAUGAGAAGGUCUUUCAAACCCUGGAGAUGCCAUUCUCAACACCCUCCGCUGCUGGUCACGAUGUGUCCUUAUCAAAUAGAUACAGGAAAAUCACUACUGAGAAUAGGCAUGAGUAUGUGAGACUUGCUCUGAACUACAGGCUUAGGGAGUUCGAUGGACAGGUGAGGGCUGUGAGGGAGGGAAUGGCCAGGGUCAUUCCUGUGCCGCUUCUCGCGUUAUUCAGUGGAGCUGAGCUUGAAACUAUGGUCUGUGGGAGCCCUGAUAUUCCUCUUGGAUUACUCAAGUCUGUAGCUACUUACAAAGGGAUUGAGGCCACCUCUGCACUUGUACAGUGGUUCUGGGAGGUAAUGGAGGAGUUUUCAAAUCAAGAGAGGUCCCUCUUCUUGAGAUUCGUGUGGGGGAGAACCAGACUCCCCAGGACUAUCGCCGACUUCAGGGGACGAGACUUUGUUCUUCAGGUGAUGGACAAGUACAAUCCCCCAGAUCACUUCCUCCCAGAGAGUUACACCUGCUUUUUCCUGCUGAAGAUGCCCCGCUACUCGUGCAAAUCGGUGCUCCGUCAAAAACUGAAAUACGCCAUCCACUUCUGCAAGAGCAUCGACACCGACGAGUACGCCAGAGUCCAACCAGCUACAAAUUCAGACACAGACGACACAGACAGUCUCGCCAGUGAGGAGCACACCUCCCUCUAGUUUUAGAUCUCUAGGAGUUGACCA